AUGACUAUAAGCUUUGAGAUUACAUCAAAGAGUUAUCUUAUCCUUACUAUAUCUCUUCUGCAGAAUAGGUUGAAAGUGGCUUUGUUUUCCAUCAAUGUUGUUGCUGAUGAUGCUGACCAAAAGCAGGUCAAUAACUCUCAUGUAAAAGACUGGCUUCUUGGGGUUAAAGAUGGUGUUCUUGAUGCUCAAGAUCUGAUUGAAGAAAUUAUCCACAUUCAAGUCUCCAAGUCCAAGCAGGAAGCAGCUGAAUCUCAAACAAUCUCUACUGUAACCAACCAGCAAUUGGGUACGUUCAAUGUCUCUCCUACUUCAAUUGACAAGAAUGUAGUAUCUAGGUUGAAAGUGGUAGUUCAAAAGCUUGAAUCGCUUGUGGGCCUGAAAGAUUCACUUCUUCUUCUGAAUGUUAAUACUGGUUUUAAUGCUGGGUCACGGAUGUUGAAGUCACCAUGUUUUCCUUCUAUGGAGUCUCAUAUGUUUGGGAGAAAUAAUGACCAAACAACACUCUCUAAUUGGCUCAAAUCGCAGGAUAAGAAGCUCUCCGUUAUUUCAAUGGUAGGUAUGGGUGGGAUAGGGAAGACCACCCUUGCCCAACAUUUGCACAAUUAUCCUAUGAUAGUGGAAAGCUUCGAUGUUAGUGCAUGGGUAAAUGUGUCUCAGGAUUUUGAUGUUUGUAGAAUUGCAAGGGUGAUUCUAGAAUCAAUCAAUGGUUCAGUCAUUCAAAGUACAGAUCAGAGUAUUCUUGAGAAAAAGUUGAAGGAACAACUCAUCGGGAAGAAAUUCUUCAUUGUUUUGGAUAAUGUUUGGAUCCAAGACCGAAUGAAAUGGAGAAGGUUUAAGACUCCGUUUACUUAUGGGGCACAAGGAAGUAAAAUCCUUGUCACUACACGCAGUGGAGAAGUCGCGUCGGUCACGGCAUCAGAUCAAAUUCAUCAAUUACAUCAUCUGGAUGAAGAAGACUCCUGGACAUUGUUUGCGAAACAUGCCUUUCAUGGCUUUGAUGAUUCUUAUGCUGUCUCCUGGACGAAGAAGACUACCCUCCAUGAGCAGAUUGGUAAGAUGGUGGCUGACAAAUGCAAAGGAUUACCUCUGGCCUUGAUAGCCAUCGGAGAUCUCUUGAGCAUAAACUGA